UCGUGCCAUUUUAUACGUCUUUGAUGCCCUUGGACCCACUUGCAGACCCCCGUAUUUUUGUAUGGCCCAAAAUACCCCUGUUGCUUCUCUCCCAAUACUCACUGACGUGUGGGGCCCACACGUCAGCUUCUUCUUCAACCUUCGGUGCUUCUUCUUCCUGCAUCCCCUCCGCUGGCUCCCCUCCGCUGGCGCCCCCCUCCCCUGGCUCCCCUCCGCCGGCGCGCCUCCUCCCUCUCUCUCCAUCCUCUCCCCUUCCUCUCUCCCGGGUGCUGCAGGGCCCCAGGCCGGCGGCGGCGCCGGCGACAACAAGCUGCUGGCCGGGUACCUGGCGCACGAGUUCCUGCGGCGCGGCACGCUCCUCGGUGAGCGGAGGCUGGAGCCGUCGGGGCGGAAGGAGAAGGAUCCCGUCCUCGCCGUCCCCGCGCCCGAGCCGAGCAGGCGCUACGCGGAGGUUUCGCGGCUGCUCAUGGCUGGCGGGGCCCGCAUCCCCGGCAUCGUCAACCCAUCGCAGCUCGGCCGCUGGCUCCGGAUUAAGGAGUGACCGGCCGGCCAUGCCGUGAGGCCGCAGAGGGAACGCGCGGCGGGGCGGCAUUGCCUGCUGGCUCGCCUCGCCUCGCCUCGGCGGCCGACCAACCCAAAGAACAGCGGAUGCAUCUGGACACAGCAAGCGGGUUUGUCCUGUCAUUUUCCCUUCGAUUUUUUCGUGUGGUAAUUAGCGAAUCAUUUCCCCUUGUCAAAAUUCUAGUGUAGUUGUCGGAUGAGAAACCGGAGGCACUGCUGCUACUAGCUUUCGCCGCUUCCAUUACUCUGAAAUCAUCUGCAUCGGCGGAAAAAAAAUUUGUGAUGAUAUGCGUAG